AUGAACAACAAUUUUACUUUACAGGAUCCAAGAUUAGCCGCCACUGCCCCCUUGAUGGAUCAAAGACUUUCUACAGAUCAAGAGCAACAUAACCAGCAACGUAUGCCAACAAGGGCAAAUUCCCUCGGAAACGGGAACGAAAUCCAAGGGCCACACAGCAGGAUCGACCAAUCAGAUGUUACUUUGAAUCCAUAUGAGUUGUCUACGAUAUGGACUCCUUCCAACAGAAGCUCGGGUGGUUCGAUUUCGUCUCUUCCCUGUAUGAACGGAGAACUCCCUUUGAGUGCCGGUGCAUUGGGUUCGAACGCGGGUUCGAACUCGAACUUCUUUCCAGUGACUUAUGAACCCCAGGGGGCUUCUUAUUCUGGUUUUGGGUUCAAUAGCAGAAGGGCCUCCUAUGCUGCUGAUUCCGGUGUUCUGAACGAGGGCUCAAUAUGGUCCUCAGACCCCCUUUCUCCUAGACUGUCACAAGCCAGCAACUUGUUGGGAUCGUUAAAUCACCAUGGGAAGUCCUCUUUUUCCGGUCCGGUGCCAUCAAACGCUACUUCGAACCUUGCUUCCGCAGGUUCAGUGGCAACCCAAGCCACAAACGGGUCUCCCUGGGACUCUCCCCAGAAUGCAUUCCCUAUAAAUGAGUUUGUUCCCCCUUCAAGACGCCACUCAUAUGCUGCUGUUGGCGAUAACCAAUGGCUAACCGAGAACUUUGGAAGUGGACUGGGAAUCACCAAUCCAACCAUCUCCCAUCAGCACCAGAACCAGGUCCAGCAGCAACAGUUCCAUUCCCAGCAACAGCAGAACCAAAAUUCCGCUGCAUUUGGACAGCAAAGAUUAUAUCGUGGCUCUUCUCCUGGUGCUGUUCAAGACCUCUUAAGGGAGCAGGACCAGGUCUAUUCUGAUGCUGACUCCUACUUCACAGAGCGUGCCAACAGAGUACAUGUAACCGGAAAAAGCGCAGUUGAUUUGCCCAGUGCUUUGGCUGCUUUGAACCAGGUUGGAGUUCAUCUUCCAAAGUUUCCUGGGAAUACUCUUCCAGGAGUGCAAUUGGCAUUGGUUUCCUUCAAAGCAGGCAGAGUCGAUGUGUUUUAUCAUCCAGAGAACACAUGUCAUAACCUCAAGAUUGGCGAUUUUGUUCUGGUUGAGGCCGACCGUGGCACCGAUCUUGGUAAGGUUGUUCGGCUAGAUGUUUCCAUAGACGAGGCAAGACUGUUGAAGUUACGCCAGCAUCAGGAGCAACAGUCUGCGUUGUCUCUGAAUGGACCAGGCAACUCUCCUCCUCUCAAUGCGGUCAAUCUCUCUGCCUCACAGGCAUCUCCACCUCCGUCUCUACAUUACCCCAAACCCCUGGUUAGGUUUGCCUACGCCAAUGAAGUCUCACAACUUCAAAGCAAACAGUCUGAUGAAGAAAAGGCUAAACAGGUGUGCUCCAUGAAGGUGAAGGCUCACGGGCUGUCCAUGCAGGUGGUUGAUGCGGAGUACCAAUGGGACAGAAGGAAGCUGACAUUUUAUUAUUGUGCCGAUCAUCGUAUCGACUUUAGAGAUCUGGUCAAAGAACUAUUCAGAAUUUACAAGACAAGGAUCUGGAUGUGUGCUGUUAAUUACCAACAUCAACUGGACCAGCCACCGGCAUCUAUGAUGACCAAGCAUAUGAAGAACUUUGGUCUGGGGUCAGACUUGGAUGUUCCGGCAAAUGUCGUUCCAAGGAUGUUUCCCCUUUCUCCUCCUUCCACGGGAGGAAACAGUCAAGGGUCUAGAAAGAACUCGGGCUCGGCGAAGGUUAUGGGCAAACUGAUGCACUGA